UGAGACAGCCAAUGGACAAGGUUUAUGCCUUCAGGCUGUCUUUCAAAGACACAUGUAUUCCAUAAACCUGUACAUUAAUGACCUGUUAGUCUCACCUUAAUUUACCGCCCAAAGUUGUGUUGAGAUUUGUUAACAUUAAAUAUCCAGCGUUACGCAGAUGCUGCUUGUACAUGUAUGUAUUAUGGACUUGUGCAUGUAUGUAACAUAUGCGCGAAUGUGAUAAUUGGCUGUAACUAAGCAACUUUGAUGAAAGGCUAAUUACAGGACAUGCACACUUCAGAACUGUGCAGAGAACUGCUGAGCGGAGAGAGAAGGAGCAGGACGAAAGGCAUCUGAACAGACUGCAUCAGAACCCAAAGUGGCUCCAUCAUCCCUUGAGUUGCUGCACAUUCUGCCUUUGACGUCUCGAGGAGUUGCACGAUUUAUACCAUUUUAAACUGUAUGUGACACCCAAUUUUUUUGGGUGGGUGCGUAGUCAGAAAAAAGAUUUGUUAUUGCACCUUGGCUGAGAUUGUUUGAAUAGCUGGCCAUCACUUUUACAACAAGUUAAAAUGGAUCGAUACCGCCGAGCAAAUAUGCGAUUUAGGGCCAAUACGCUACCUGAAGAAAUUAUGAGCAGAAGGAACCGAGAGUAUAAAGAUGUUGUACAGAAACUUGUUGGUCGACAGACCAAUGCAGCCCGUGGAUCACCUGACCAGCAACGACGCCUUCAGCAACGUCACAUGCUACAGCAGCUACGACAGCAUGUGUCAGAAGCACGCUAUGAGACUGGGGAGGCUGUGUCACACAUCCAGGAAGAGAUGUACAAGCUGGAAGCCCGUUUUAGCCAGCCUGGUAGCCUGGACAGCGACGAAGGCAUUACCAUGCCUCAAGCCACAGGGAACCAUGCCAGUGUUUCACCGUGUAACUCUGCUGCUGCCUCAUCAACACCGGACAAGUACCAGAGUGACACACUGCGAGCCAUGCAGGACCUCAUACUAAAGCGACGAGAAAGUGAGAAAGAUGACAGUGACCCACAUGAGGCUGGGGAUGAAGCUAUGAAAAUGGACAGAGGGUUGGUCCACUCUUCAAAAGACAGUCACAUGACCUAAGACAGAGGACUCGCUUCGAAAUUGAGUACUAUCGUAUUGUGUAUAUUAUGAAAAAGUUAAGGCCACUUUUGCAGAAUAGCCUUUUAAAUUUUCUUUUUUUUUUUGGCCUUACUUUUCCAAGUCUUUGGGGAGCUCUGUGGUACAGUCAAAUUUGUUUAGGGGUGGUGGUAUUCAAAAUUAGUUUAAUUGUUUUUUAAGGAAUGUUCCAUCCUACUCAAAGAAAUUAUUUAUGCACCCAAAAAUAGUUUAAAAUUCCCAUUAGAAGUGGAAAGCAAUACAAUGAUAAUGCUGACUUUUAAUCCCUCUCUCAGCUGUCAAAUUUGAAAUUAUAGGGCAGAGAAAUAUUAAACCUUUAGGUGAUCAUGGCAUUAAAUUGUCAAUUGUAAUGAGUAAAUCCUUGUUCAGUUGAACUGAAAGUAUGCAAAUGUGGUAAUGAUUGAUUUAUAAGAUAUACUCACCCUGUACAUCAAGCUAUUGCUGGACAGGCAGGAUGUGGCUGGGGAGGCUGUUAACUGAGAUAAGAAGGACAAAUAAUGGUGUGAAAGAUUUGGACAAGUCCUCCAGUCAAAUGAAUGAAUUAGCCACGCAGAAUCAACAAUUUACCUGGAAAUAAUUUACCCAAAUAAAGUUGAAUGCCACUGCCUUAGGCCCUGCAUUUUACAGGUCACAAAAUGUCAUGUUCACAAUUUGUCUUGCUCUGUUGAUCAUGGUAAUGGGUUUAUCGUGCCGCAUCCUAACCCUGUGGGAAUUUGAGCUGAUCUGAAAUGAUAAUGGAAUAUCAUGUGCAGUUACUGUAAACAUACUCUGCUUCAUAAUUUGGUGAUACGCAGGAUGCAGUUUAGGCUGGGAAUUCACGGAAGAGAAUUGAUUUGGGAAAAAAACCUGCAGAGAAGUGACAGCAUGACACACAAACCAAACCCCACUCCCUCUCCCCAUUGCUCCAACAAUCUCACAUUCUUUGAGAGGAUGAUGUACACAUUGCUCAGGUUACAUGAAUUAUUCAUGUAGGCACAUGAUCUGACCAAGUUGAUGCACCUCUCAGAUUUGAAUAAUAAUGGAUGAAAAAGGAUCUCCUCUGAGCUAGAUUCCACCAUGGUCAAGACACUUGAGCCUGAAGCUAAGAAGAGUGCCAAGGUUUGGUUGAUGAGUGGAAUUGUGCAAUGGGAGAUGGUACUUUUUUAAAUACUUGAGCUUUCAUUAGCACUCUAUGCUCAGUGCUGUCCAAGAACAUUCAAGAAGAAAAAUGCCAAAUUUAUCUCAGUCUUUUUUGUCUCAAACCUGUGACCAAUGUUUUAGCAGUGAUGAUAUUCUUUACAAGCAGUAGGCCUCCUUGAUAAUCUUUGAAACUGAUUGUUUUGGACUUUUGUUUACUUGUUUCAUUUUUAAUAUCAGAAGAACUCUCAAAAGACUUACAUAUGGAACUGAUUUAUGCCAUUGUCGGUGUCAGGAAUUAUUGAUCGUUUAGGUGAAUUGCACAUGGUUUAAAUAACCUUCAUGUACAGCUCAAGUCCAGAUUGCACGUCCUUGUGUUACAGUUUUUUGGGCAGGAAUUUUUUUAAUACAUCUGUUCAUUGCUUGUCACUUCAGUAUGUAUGAUCGUUACAUACACUUCAUAAAAGUGUAAAAAAUAAUGCUGACUUUGCAACUGCCAGUUUCAGUUAAUGUAUUGUCUGGUUUGUGAAUCUUGGCAUUUUGAUGCCAAUUAUAAAAGAAAAUAGCGGCCACUCUUUCACGAUGGCGCGUCUGUAUUGUGCAAUAUAGAAAAUGUGCCCCCAAAGUUUAAAAGCAUAUACCCACAAAGAAGUUUACUGGAUUUUAAUUCCUAGAAUGUGUAGUCUCUAGGCUGAGACCCUCAGCAACAGAAACAACAUAAAAUAGUAUAAAAUGCAGCCAGACUGUGGAAUAUUUUCAUAUUUUGCAAAAUCCCAGGAUGAUGUGGAAGACUAAGCCUGAGCCUGAAUUUGAAAAUAGUCCUAGAUUUUGUUUGGAUCCGACAGAUUAUUUUGUUAUUUCAAAAUGUCUUUAGAAUACAAAAAGAAAAGGCCUUAAUAGUUCACUUGUUUUGUUUUCACACUUUGUUUGAAUCAUUUACAGGGUUAAUAUAAUAUAUUUCAAACUAUUUAUCAUUCAAUAUUAAUGUAUUUUAACAUUCUAUCAUGUACAUAAAAUGUAUUUAUUGACAAAGUUUGUUUAUAUGCACACAGUACUACUAUGGUUUAAUUCAUGUAUAAAGGAGGUGGGAUAGUUCUGCCUGGUUCUUUGACUUGUAAAAUAUUUACUGGAUAUAAUAUGAGAAUAUUUAAUAUUUUGAUACACCGUACAUUUGAACAGUUAUACACAUACGCAUAGUUUCCCAUAUGGCUAUAUUCCUAUAUGAAGCUUUAUACGUGCAUGUAUGGAUAUGCAUACUAUUCAGCAUUUUACAGUAGUGUUUCUAAUUAAUCUAGUCAAGAUUAUAAGAUAAAUAUGUAAUGUACAUGUACUUGUAGCAGUUCAAGCUCAGUAUUUCUGGAGAUUAGAUUUCCUGGUCAGAAAAUGUAGUCAAUCAUACCUUUUACCUUUUCCCUUUUCCACAAGUGUUUAUAGUCUGAAUGUGUAUUAAUAUAAUGUGAACAGUCUUUGCAAUCCAUCCCCCUCAAAAUCAGGCAAUACUAAAGUUGUCCAUUUGCAGUGCAGACUCUGAUCUUGAAUUUUCAUUGUCACUAUUGUUAUGUUGAGAUAUUUUUAGAAGUUGAUAUUUCAUCAUGCAGGCUGGCAGUUCUCAUUCUUCAAGAAUGCAUUUUCUGGGGGCAGCUUGCAUUUCUAACCAACUUUGUAAUAAAUUCUCAGUGUUGGUGCCUUGUAUACCUGAAGGCAGUCAGAGAGCAUGGAAGUGGGUUAGGGUUGCGGGAUCCAUUCUUUCGGUCCCUGGGGGCAUCUCUUAGGUCGUGACAGUAAAGGGUUAGCUUAUAAGCUAUGUCAGCACUUUGGAUGCAUUUCAAGUGGAACCGCUACAUCCUCACAUUGGGGCCCGUUUGUAAGCUUCAGAUUUGAUAGUUUAAACACACAAUUUCCCAUGCCCAGGGGCUCAUUAGUCAGAAAAUGAAAAAGGGCUUUGUUCAUCCAAACAUUUUAUGCAGUAAUUGGACAGUUCAUCACAAAUCCUGGGACUAUUGAACUUUCAAACUAAUGCAGUGAACCAUCAAACCCUCAGGUUGCUGCCAUAAAUUGGUCAAUUCCUCAAUCUACACUCCAUGCCAUGCAUGCAACAAAGUUCCUGUCAAAUGUGGGGUUUUUCUUUUGUAUUCAGGCAAAUAAAUUUGCCACAGAUGUGUCAGCCAUAGUAGCUUUGUCACCAUAUUCAUUUAUGUGAUGGGUAAUUUAUUCUGGGUAACAUUCUGAAUCUUAAUGUUGUAGUUUAGUGUUAAACAUUUGUUUACUUGAAUGCGGUUUGCACUGUCUUUCGGUGCUCGAUAGAAAGCCUUAAAUAUUUUGGCACAUAUUGUUUUUUGUUCAGUUAUGAGUAAUUUAGCUUCAAAAUGUAGUCAGAGGUUGAAGUUGGUAUGUCAACUCAAUUUUUGUCUUGAUAAAAAUUUGUAAUGACAUGCAAACAAAAAAAUUUCAAAUAUAGGAAAUAUCAAAUGAUUAUUUUAAAUUUGAAAGCUCUUGUACUGAAGAAGUGAUUUUGUUUCUUUAUGGACUUACACAAAAAGUUAUGUUCAUGGGUCAUUCAGUUGGACGGCAUUAUAAAUCAGUUUAAGCAUUUUGCUCGCAAACUUGUCAAACAGGAUGGCUGUGUUGUUUAUUAUUUCUUUAAAUUGUAGUUUUAUGGUGACUAAUUGAAACAUUUAGGUCUAGAAAUAUCCCAAAGGAUCCUGCCUCUUCUGCCGUCAUUUAUAUUGUAUGUUUCAAGCAGAAACUUGCAUUCAUUUCUUAUAAAUAUAUUUUUUCAAAUUUGGGUGUAAGAAUGGAAUUUACAUGGUUUCCCAGUUUGGUUGAUAUUCAUUGUGAUAUUUUUGGACUUCUGUAAAAACAGUGUAAUUUCACAAAUCUUGAAAGUGUGGUUCCAGUUUCAAAACAUUAUCAUUUUGUUAAACAUCGCAAUUGAACAUUGAACAUUAGUAGAAUCAAAUUUUUAAAAAUUGAUGAGAAUUCUGAAAUAAAAUGACACAUUUUUUGUUCUGAAAA